AUCGCUGCUGCCGCAAACAGUUGAGGCCGAACAACGACAACGAGCAGUAGCGAACAAAUUGCAAAAAAUCACUGGCGCCCGGUAAAAAAGCUGUUGUGUCCGAACGCUGUAAUAAUAAAUACAAUAAAUAAAUAAAUAAAAAUUUUAACAUAAAGAUUUGCAUGUAACGAAUGAGCACAGCAAAGUGAAUAUAAAUAAAUAAAUAAAUGAACGAAUAAAAGCAAACAAUGUAUGUGCUGAAUGAGUAGCAGAAAACCAACAACUAAACCAGCAAAGAUUUCGCAUAAAUCAAUAAUAGAUGAGUGCGACGCAAAUUUGUAUGCCGAACGCGCUGGAAUAAAACAACAAAUACAAUACAAGUAACAAAAACAAUACAUACAAUGCCAGCGACGCUUUCUUAUUAAAAAGUAGCUUAGCCCUCAGUAAUAGCAACAACCAAUAGCCAUAAAAUGUCUCCACUACGAUUAGUCUACUGUUUGGUGCUCUUCGCCUGUGUUCGAGCGAGUACGCCUGAACGUCCAUUCGCUUGCAUGAGUUAUAUGGAAGACGAGAAGUUCAUAAAUGACGACGAUGACUUUGACGAAUACUCGGCGAAUGGCGCGCAGGCGCAAUAUAGCGCUGAAAAUUCGAAUUCGCUGGAUGUAGAAGACACACCAAUUGAACCGGCAACGCCACAUCGACGCAUCUGCCAGGCUGAUUAUACCUUCUGCUUCGCACUCUGGCGACAAUAUCCCAAUGGCACACGCAUCGAGAAACAAGGUUGCUGGAAGGAGAGCACCGAACGCAAUGCCACUUGCAGUCAGUCGGAGUGUACGAGCUCUGCGCCCACAUCACGCAAUAAUUCGCUCUACUACUGUUGCUGUUCGGGCGAUUCCUGUAAUAAGAAUGUGGCCGUUGUGGAACCGGCACCACUGCAGCUCUCCAAACCCAUUUAUGGUGCUGACAAGAAUGUUUCCGUACGUUUCGAUGCGGGCCUUGGAGUCAUUCUAACGGUGAUAGUCGUACUGAUACUCUGCUUGUCGGUUAGCGGUUUUGCGGCCUACUGUUAUGUACACAAAAUAAAAGACAAAACGAUGCCCGAGGAAGCACCGUUGGCACCUUCCGGUCCUGGUUAUAGUUCGAACCUACGUAAUGUGGACAAUAUCAACUUGAUCUGCAUGCUCGGUAACGGUAAAUAUGGCACUGUUAUGAAGGGUUUACUGCAUGAUCAAGAGGUGGCUGUGAAGAUAUUUCCGGAAAGUCAUUAUCCAUAUUAUAUUAAUGAACGCAACAUCUAUUCGCUGCCAAUGAUGGAUAGUCCUGCAUUGCUGACUUAUUUUGGUUAUGACGAGCGUCACACAAUGGAGGGUAAAAUCGAAUAUCAAUUGGUGCUGUCGCUAGCGCCAAACGGCUGUUUGCAGGAUUGGCUAAUUGCUAACACCAUGAAUUUCGAGAUCUUCUGCGGCAUGGCGAAGUCCAUCACACGCGGUCUUUCACAUCUGCACACGGAGAUUAGUCGUGGCGAUGAGUACAAGCCAUGCGUCGCACAUCGCGACUUCAAUUCACGCAAUGUGCUCGUCAAAGCCGAUCGUACAUGCUGCAUAGCCGAUUUCGGCUUCGCUUUGAAAGUGUUCGGCUCCAAGUAUGAGUACCGCGGCGAGGUUGCCGUCGCCGAAACGAAAAGCAUUAACGAAGUGGGCACAUUGCGUUACAUGGCACCCGAACUCUUGGAGGGCGCUGUAAAUUUACGUGAUUGUGAGACAUCACUUAAGCAGAUGGAUGUCUAUGCUUUGGGGCUGGUGCUAUGGGAAGUGGCAACACGUUGUACUGAGUUUUAUGCGCCGGCGCAAAUGACACCAGCCUAUAAAGCACCCUACGAACAAGAGGUCGGUACGCAUCCCACCUUCGAUCAGAUGCAGGCUCUGGUGGUGCGUCACAAAGCAAGACCACUAUUUCCACCCGGUUGGGGUGGUGGCGCUGCGGCUAAGUUGAUCAAAGACACAUGUGAGGAUUGCUGGGAUCAUGACGCUGAGGCGCGUUUAACUUCGCUCUGCGCCGAGGAGCGCAUGCAGGAAGCAGCUGGUUUGCGACCACGCUACUCACACGCACAAUCACCUAGUCCGCUUUUGAGCGCCAACAACUUACUGGCCAACGAUCAUAUCGACGCGUCAGCGGUGCGUAUAUCUAUGGAGACUUGCAAUUCGGAGACGGCGUCAAUGCUGCAACCGCCACCAAAUCAGAAACUGCUGCCGCGCGCACAUAGCAUGGGCAGUGAGUUGGGUGGCAUGCCACCACAAACAGAGAAAAAUCAUCUCAUACACACGCAACAGCAACUACAACCAUAUCAGGGACGUAAUCCAUGUCAAGAGCGUAAUUUGGCGCCGGUCGCAACGCGUCCACCACAAAUACUGGUGGAGAAGAGCAAGAAGCACAGCUUUCAGACGGGUCAAGAGAAUAGUUUCUCAUGCCUCGAAGACGACGUUUCAGUAGAGGAUCUGAUCUCUGGCGGCAGCACGAAGAAGAUUAGCAAUUUUAUGACUGACAAUACUUCCAGCAUGGGUGAAGGCUUCCCCAAGCAACACAACACCGAUCGCAAGCUACGCGGCUGGCAUGGUGUGCGUGCGUUAAUACAAAAGAAACUCUUUCGUAAGAGUGACGUCGGCGCUGACGUAUACCAGCAACAAUUCGGUUAUGGCGAUGAAAAGUCCAACUUGGUGGACAAUCGUUAUGCGGCGGUAAUUAAGGGGCUCGACAAUACAGGCACUGAAAGACUGGCCAAGGCGGCCACCGUCAGCUAUAUCGACGAUCGGCAACGCUGUAGCAAUGGCGUUGCCACAACGAAAACCACAAUGCUCAGCGAUGUAUAUCCGCAUACGAGGCGACCCAACAAUCUCGACUUGAGUCCACUCAACGGCGCGGCAGUACCGGUAGCUGAGUGUAACACGCCGCUCAACAGCGCCACCUACAACAAAUCCAACUUAAUACAGAGCAUCGCAGAGGAGUUUAACGAUAGCGUAGCCAAAGUGCGUCUACAGCAAUUGGACACGCGCACGAGUACGCCCUGUCACGUAGUGCCGCGUUCACUUUCGACCAGUCUGAUAAAGAACAUGAAUCGUAAUAAUAAUAAUCUCACGAAAAGUGAGCUAAAUACUGUGCAGCCGGCGAAGUGUACGCAGCAGUGUCCGACAACGCCAACAACGACCAACUCGGCUGGUCAACUCAGCGCGCCGAAUCACGCCGACAUACUGUUCCGGCGACAGCGCAGUCUUGAGAUGUUCCGCGAAGUAUUCAGUGGGCGUGGCAGCACGGAACGACUGCGCGACCCUAGUCAACGCGUGAAAACGCCGGGUGAUGUGCCGCCCUCCGUGCGUAAAGUGCGCGCCUCCAAGACACUCAGUCUCUACGACGAUCGUAUGAUGGACUCAUCCACGCUGAAUAUACUAUAGCAUGAGGAAGUUCUGCUGCUGGAAUUGUAAGCUGUUCGACGAGACGGUACGCUUACAAUUGCGGCAGACAGAACAGUUGUGUUAUAAAUGAAAGUAGACGAAGUGCUUCGUUGAAAAUACUCGCGUGCUCGGCACAGCUCAGUGAGUGGAGUGCCGACGCAUGCGCUGAGAUUGCAAUACAACACAAGAAUUCUAUUUUACAUACAUAUUUAUGUAACUAUAUGACCCAGUUGUAUUCUAUAUAUAUAUUCUACAAGGAAAACUCUACACAUAUACAUAUGUAUAUCUGUAGAUAUGUACGUGUUUGUAUAAGUGAAAUAACCAAAGUCCUUAUAGUGUAAUUUUUGAAUGUGUUUUUGUACGAGAUUUAUGUAACUCAUAAGAAUCGUGUCUGUAAGCUAGUCUUAAGUGUGUGUACUAUAGUUAACGUGCAUAUAUGUAUGUGUAUAUGUUACUAAGUAAGUGUAAGUUGUAUGUGCAUUAGAAAAGAAAUGAUGAGAAAAGGAUCACAGAUCACAGAUCAACAGAAAUGUCAGCCAUUGUUUGUUGUUACAGACAAAAAGUAGUAAGGAAAAGAAACUGUAUUUUGUAGAACUCUUAUUGUUAGUAACGUAAGACAACCACUGUACAUCACUAGGGAAUUUUCAUAGCGUUUAUGGUAACAACUAUGUAUAUUAGGGUGGUUCUUAAGUGAAGGCGGAUAAAAACUCUCAAACAAAAUUUCGGAACUAAAUUCUUUUAGCAAUAUUAUUAUGAGCGAAGUAAAUGAAAAAUAAAUUGUAUGCCGUUUGCAGGCAGUUAGGGUGUGUAUUAGUUGAAAACAUUUAUUUGAUUAUGACAUUUUUUUUGUUUUUUUUUUGGAGUUUAAACACAGUUGUACAAUAGUUUAUACAAUAAUUAUAUUAACAAAUUAAAUUUUUCUGAAAAUUGCACUGAAAAAAUUCCUGCAUAAAACUUUAAGAACCACCCUAAUAUAUAUGUACGUAUAUAUUGUUAUAUAAAAACAGCAGAAAGUAUUGGUCUACAACUUUGCUUCUGCCGUUUUUUUUGUAUAUAAAAACGGUUACAAAUGUCGAUGAGCCUCAGCCACACAUUUCUUGGAACUAAAAAAGAAAAGCAAAAUUUCCUGCAAAUGUCGAUAAUUCGGCUCAAAAAGUGACAUUUUCAGUUGAGGAUAAGUUUGGGAUGCAAACAGAUCUCUUCAAAUAUUUUGUUGGGUUAAUGUUGACACAAAUGUCCAAGAUAUAUAUAAAAAAAUCAAUUUAAUCGACCAGUGCUUUACCCUAGAGACAUCUAUUGGAUAACGGCGGAAGCAAAGUUGUAGACCAAUAUAUAUAGACAUUUUAUUAACAUUUUUUACUUAUUUUCCAUCAAAAAUUAACAGCUAUAUAUAUGAGGGUGGUUCUUAAAUUUAACGGAAUAUUAAAAAAAAAUAAUUUUGUUCGCGAUUGAAGACACUAAUAGUGUGUAAAAGAUAGCAAACUAAAUAUUUGGUUUAAUUCGUGGUGCCCUGAACCGUUUCUAAACAGUUUCGAAAUAUAAUAUGCGACAAUUUUUACCAUAUGAAAUUACACGAAAAUAAUUUGUUUUCGCUAUAUUCUUUAAGAACCAUCCUAGUGAGUGGCUGUUUGUAUAUAUAAAGUCAAUACAAAAUAAAAAGACAUAUUAUUUACCGUUUUACAUACUUUCAAUCAAAAAU